ACCACCAAUCUUUGUCGAGUUGGUAAAAGAAAGCGUGUAGCUAAAGUUUUGGACGACUAUGUGGAUGCUACUUUUAGCGAGUCUGAGCCCCCAAAUUUACAUAAAAUUCCAGUACCACCGAAUCAAAACAUAAGACCACCGAAGGCCUCAAGGACGUCAGCUAAUGCAGAUAACACUUUCCAGGACUGUUCGAUUGGAGCUGGUAAUAUUUUAUCGUUCACGUAAAUGUAUUUUCGUUCUAUUUAUUCUAAAUUGUUAUUUUUUUGAAUCCAGCCAUGAUAACAAUGACGGACCAAUUUUCCGAACGCAACAAACAAGCCAGGGCACCGAACAGUGGUCUUUUAGAGAUCAUAUUACACUUAGCGAAGAUGAAUCAUUGGCUUCACAAGAUUCUAAGGGAAGUAAAGAAGAUACUGCUGCAUCCACCAAUUUUGAAGCAGAAAGGGAAUUACAAGGUUUGACAUCACAAUCGCCAGAUAACCAAUUAGGCUACACUGAAUUACAUUCAUUAGAAGUCGAGAAUUGUGGUUAUGAGAGUGACUCACAGGAACAGGUUAUUCUUCCUGGAACGUCUGGAAUUGUGAAUUCUCAUCCGCAACUGAAGCAAAAUUACGGCCAUGAAAAUAAAGCACAAAACCAUUCUGUUAUCAGGCCUUACUCUUCUUGGAAUGAGAAUCCCCGUCAAAAUGACGGCCGUGGAAUGGAACAACAACAACAGGUUACUCGUCCUGGUCUGUCUUGUAACGAGAAUCACCGCCCACAACUGAAUCGAAAUGACGGUCAUGGAUGCGAACCACAACAACAACUGGUUAUCCGCCCUGGCCCAUCUCGAAAUGUGAAUUGCCAACGUGAAAAUACCCGUAAUGUAAUUGAACCACAACAACCCGUCAUGCCUGGCCCGUCUAGAAAGGUGAACUCUCAUCCUCAACAUGAAAAUUCCCGUCAUGGAAGUAAUCAACAGCAACACGUUAUCCGGCCUGGCCCGUCUUGAGAGAUGAAUUCCAAUCUGUCGCUGAAUGCACAACAUCAUCAGAUUAUUCGGCCUGGACCGUCUCGGAAUGAGAAUUUACGCCCAAAAGUGAAUUCAAAUGCAGGCCAGGGAAGUAUGCCAUCUCAACAACAGUAUGCUCUCACUACUCCGUCUUCACGAGUUAAUUCCCGUCAACAGUCAUCCCAGAGUCUUCCUGAAAUGCCGAAUGCAGUAUUUCAAGACUACACUAAAAGAAGUUUGGAAUUUUUAAAAAUCCAAUUUCGAGAAAUGAAUGCAAAAAUCGACGAUAUUUUGGACUCGAGACCGAAAC